AUGCAAAGAUUGAAUUCCCAUUUACAUACCAAAAAGCAACCUCCUUAUGUGUUGAAUUUAGAUCCUGCUGUUUUAAAGGUACCAUUUGGUACGAAUAUUGAUAUUCGAGAUUCGGUUAACUAUAAAAAAGUCAUGGAGGAUUACAAUCUAGGACCCAAUGGUGCUAUCAUGACAUCUCUCAAUCUAUUUGCAACCAAGAUCGACCAAGUGCUAGGAAUUGUAGAAAAGAGAGCACCCAAAUUAGACCAUGUGAUUGUAGAUACUCCUGGUCAAAUUGAAUGUUUUAUUUGGUCAGCCAGUGGUGCCAUUAUUACUGAUGCAUUUGCUUCUGCCUUUCCGACGAUGAUUGCGUACAUUGUCGACACACCUCGAACCACAUCGCCAGCUACUUUCAUGUCCAACAUGUUAUAUGCAUGUUCUAUUCUGUAUAAAACCAAACUGCCAAUGAUCAUCGUGUUCAACAAGAUCGAUGCUCAAGAUCCAGAGUUUGCUAAAGAGUGGAUGAGCGACUUCGAAAAGUUUCAAGAGGCAUUACGUAACGAUGAAGAUCUAAACGGAGAGGGUGAGAACAGCUCUGGAUACAUGGGUUCGCUAAUGAACUCAUUAUCACUAAUGUUAGAAGAGUUCUACUGUCAUUUGGACGUAGCCGCCGUUUCUGCUUAUACCGGUGAGGGUUUCGACGAGUUCCUAGAAUCCGUUCAGAAGAAAGUGGACGAGUAUAACAAGGACUACAAAGCCGAGAGAGAUGCAAUUAUCAAGAAACGAGAAGAAGAUGCUGCUGCCCGAAAAGCACAAGACCUGACAAAACUAAUGAAAGACAUUGGAAUCCAAGACGACAAGGCCAAACCCACCGAUCCUGCCAAAGAGCCAAUUGAUUCUAUAUCAGAUACCGAGGACAUUGAGCCCAACGAGCUGGACGGCGAGGUCGAAAGAGACGAAGACGAGGGUAUCAUUGGCCAACCCUCACGUGAAUACACGCUCGACCCCGACGACGUUGGCGCACACAUGACCGACUCCAGCUUACAAGACCGGUACCAGCAAGCACUAGCGGCCUCUGGCGCCGAAGCCGACCGCGAGGCCAUGCAAAAAAUCAUCAACUCCGGCCUGCAGUAG